AUGUUCACGCAGUUGAAAAUCAAUCUUUCGUUUAUCGAGGCACUUCAGUCGAUGCCUAAGUACGCUAAAUUUCUCAAAGAUCUCUUGAAGCGUAAGGAGAGAAUCGGUGAGCUUUCGAAUAUUCCGUUGAUAGGAGGUUGUUCCGCGGUAGUCUUGAAUAAGCUGCCAGAGAAAUUAACCGAUCCUGGUACUUUCACGAUUCCAUGUUUCUUUGGGGGAGCCGUUACCCCCGCUCACGCUCUAGCCGAUUUAGGGGUCAGCAUCAACCUGAUGCCGUUUUCGUUGGACGAGAAGCUUGGUUUAGGAGAGUUGACGCCCACGCAUAUGUCGUUGUCUUUGGCUGACCGAUCAGUCAAAUAUCCUCGUUGGAUAGUGGAGAAUUUGUUGGUAAAGGUUGAUAAGUUUGUGUUUCCUGUGGAUUUCGUUGUUCUUGAUAUGGAGGCCGACGAACGAGUUCCUAUUAUUCUGGGCCGUCCAUUCCUGAGGACCGCAAAGGCGAUCAUCGACGUCUUUGACGGUAAGAUUUCUCUUUGUGCUGGUGACGAGAUUGUCACAUUCGAGAUUGAUAGAGCGAUGCAGCAUCCAGGAGGUCGAGAUGAUGAUAGCGGGCCGUGUCAUUCUGUUUACUUUCUAAAUUCUUUCAUAUCAUGUGUCGACACGUGUUUCGAGUACAUCAGUGGAGCUGAUUUAGUAGGCGAGGGAGUUGUUGACGAGCAUAAGGAAGAGAAAGUUAAGGAAGUCGAGGAGGAGCAGUUAGAUGAGGAUGAUGAGUUGUGGGUUCCUGAGACGUUGGAACUCAACGAGAUUAGUGAUGAGGGUACUCCUGUAGAGAUUCCACCGCCUUUAGAACUUAAGGUCUGUCCGUCGCAUCUUGAGUACGCAUUUCUAGGAGAGAAGCCGGAUAUGCCUGUCAUCAUAUCUUCGAAGUUGACAGAGGAGGAGAAAGUGAGGUUGAUUGAGGUGCUGAGAGAGCACAGUGAUGCGAUUUCCUGGAGGCUAUCUGAUAUCAAGGGCAUUAGCCCUACUUUUUGCACGCAUCGCAUUCUGAUGGAGGAUGUUUACAAGCCUGUAGUGCAGCCGCAGCGUCGUUUGAAUCCGAAUAUGCAGGAGGUAGUUAGGAAGGAGGUUAGGAAGUUGUUAGAGUCUGGUUUGAUCUAUCCGAUUUCCGAUUCAGCUUGGGAUAUGGUAGAGAGCUCGAUGGAGGUGUUUAUGGACGAUUUUUCGGUGUAUGGAAAUUCUUUCGAUCAGUGCUUAGUGAAUCUUGAGAGGGUGUUGAAGAGGUGCAUUGAAAUGAAGUUGAUGUUAAAUUGGGAGAAGUGUCACUUCGUGGUGACUGAGGGUAUUGUGCUAAGGCACAAGAUUUCGCGAGCUGGUAUUGAGGUUGAUAGGGCGAAGAUAGACACGAUCAGCAAGCUUCCUCCGCCGACUAAUGUCAAGUCGGUUCGUAGUUUUCUCGGUCAUGCGGGAUUUUAUCGGCGCUUUAUCAAGGAUUUUUCUAAAAUCACAUGCCCCAUGACGCGAUUGUUGGAGAAAGACAUUCCUUUCGUCUUUGACGAGGAGUGCCUCAAGGCGUUUGAAUUUCUGAAAGAGAAGUUGGUGAGUGCACCGAUCCUCGUGUCACCUGAUUGGAGCUUACCAUUCGAGCUUAUGUGCGAUGCGAGCGAUUACGCAGUAGGUGCGGCGUUAGGGCAGAGACGAGAGAAUCAUUUUCACCCGAUUUACUACGCGAGUAAAACUUUGAAUGAUGCCCAAGAGAAUUACACCACCACAGAGAAGGAGUUGUUAACAGUCGUCUUUGCAUUCGACAAGUUCCGUUCGUACCUUAUUCUUUCGAAAACCGUUGUGUUUACCGACCAUUCCGCUGUGCGUUACUUGUUUCAGAAGAAGGACGCGAAGCCGCGCUUUAUACGAUGGAUUCUGCUUCUUUCUGAAUUUGAUAUUGAAAUUAAGGAUAAGAAAGGGGCAGAGAACGUGGCGGCAGACCACUUGUCGUGUUUAGAGGAUCCGAGGAGAGAAGAGAUUCGUGAGGAGGCGAUAGGAGAUAGAUUCCCUCACGAGUCUAUUGAUUCUGUCACGGUAGGGGCCGAGGAUUUACCGUGGUUUAGCGAUAUAGCCAAUUAUUUGGCCGGAGGGUUCGUGAUGGAGGGUAUGCAUCGCCAGCAGAGGAGAAAGCUUUUGAAUGAUGCGCGGAAGUAUAUAUGGGACGACCCUUACCUCUUCAGGAUAAGAGGUGAUCGAGUUUUGAGGAGAUGUGUGAGUAGAGAGGAUGGUUGGGACAUCAUUCGACAUGUUCAUGAGGGUUUGACAGGAGGACAUCACGGUUCGCAUGUUACGGCGCAGAACGUGUUUGAUUGUGGAUUCUAUUGGCCGACGGUAGUGGAUGAUGCGGCUUAG